AUGGCAAGCCGAUCAGUUUUACAACUACUAUUAUCCAUUGCUGUAUUAUUAUGUGCCACAAGUGCUCAACAAAUAUUUCUCGAACAACAGCUGGAUCAGCUACCAGCGCCUGAUAUUGGCGGUAAUGAUGUAUUGCCAAAAAUGCAUCCCACUACUCUCGAAAAAACUGGUGAAGACCUAAACACCCAUGGUGAGAUACCAUCUGACACAUUGGUUGACCCGGAUGGCCGUAUCGUUGCUUUUUCGAGACGAUUGGAACAAAAACAUGCAGAAGAAUUGCAAGAAGAAAGGGAACUUCUGCAACAUAUAGCAAAAAAAAGUGGUAAGGAAUUGAUUUCAUGGGAUACUUGCCUGUGGACAGCACUUGGUUGCAUUUGCAUCAUUGCAUGCGGCGUUAUUCCUGCAUUUAUUUUACCACAUGAUUUCACUGAGUUUCUGCAAUCAAACUAUGGUCGCCGAAGCUUACAUCUUCUACUGAGUUUCACUGUUGGAAGUUUGAUUGGUGAUGUCUUCCUGCAUUUACUUCCAACUGUUUGGGCAGAUGCUCAAGUGGAUAGAUUGAUAGCAGGUGUCUGGACAACAGCGGGUGUUUUGUUUUGCUUUAUACUGGAGAAGUUCUGUUCAACAAAUGAAUUUAGUCAACGUAGGAUGUGCGCUGUUUUAAAUCUUAUCGCCAAUUUUAUGGACAAUUUCACUCAUGGUUUAGCCGUUGGAGGUUCCUUUCUAAUGGAUACGAAGCUUGGCUUGUUGACAACAUUCUCAAUAGUUAUCCACGAGCUACCCCAUGAAAUUAGCGACUUUGCCAUCUUACUUCGCGCAGAUUUCAACAGAUGGUCUGCCGUACGAGCUCAGUUGUUGACCGCAGUUGGUGGAGCUCUAGGAGCAUACACAGCGUUAUUCUUGCACACCGAAUGCACAAAGAAUGAAGCAUCUCAGAACAUUCUGCCAUUUACGGCCGGUGGUUUUAUCAAUAUUGCCCUCGCCCAAAUACUGCCUGAACUAAUGAAAGAGACCGAUUCAAGGCAAAAUAUUUUACAGUGGAUAUGUUUUUUGAUUGGUAUUAUAUUGAUGGGUGUAUUGAAUCAAUUUCACCUCGACUAG